ACUAUCUAGGAACCGGAGGCGUGGAAUGUGAAAGCGGCUGGUUCAGUGGCGCUUUCCCUCUCUCACUCAUGGCUCUGCCUCUGGGUCACUCUGCUGAGGUAACCAGAGCCGCAAUAUAUACACAUAACACACACCGUUAUUAGCUAAUUCGAUUCAACACAAAGUUGAUUAGAUAUGCUUAUUACUCUCUGUAGAAGACUCAGAACUUCAGUACUCAGCUAUGGAGUUAUUGGGUCAAACUCAACUUCUUAUUUGGGCUUUCUUGCUACUAGAUUCUCUUCAUCUGCAACGACUGUUGUGGAAAAUUCUGGAAAUGGUAGCUCUUUUACGGUGUCUUACCUUGUAAACUCAUGUGGGUUGUCCCCAGAUUCUGCCAUUGUUGCUUCGCGAAAGUUAAAGCUCAAAAACCCAGAAAGACCUGACUCUGUUCUGGAUUUCUUUAGAGAACACGAAUUCUCGGAGAACGAUAUCUCAAAAAUUGUAAGGACACGGCCUCAGACUCUUCGAUCGAAUCCAAAGAAAACUUUUUUGCCCAAGUUUGAGUUUUUCUACUCAAAAGGGUAUUCGAAGAAGGAGCUGGUGAGUAUUAUAUCUUCUGAUCCUCAUCAUUUGUAUAGAAGCUUGGAUAGGAACAUUGAACCUACUUUUAAUUUACUCAAGACUGUCUUGCCUAGUGAGGUGUCCGUCUAUGCUUCGAAGCACCAAUGGGUGUCCUUAGCUAAAAAUUGGAAAUCUGUGAUAACGAAUCUUGGGUUGUUGAGAGAUUUAGGUUUCACUAACUCACAAAUAGCUUCUACAUUGAAGCGUUUUACUGAGAUUUUGAUUCUGAAGCCUGAAAGAUUUAGUAGUAUUGUGGAUGAGGUUAAAGACAUGGGAUUUUGUCCUGAGAAAUACACUUUCUUGUUUGCGAUUCGCACUUUAUCCAGAAAGACUUUUCAAAAAACUUGGAACCAGAAUUACAAGGCUUACAUGCGGUUUGGUUGGUCUGACGUUGAUAUUCUAAAUGCAUUUAAGAUGCACCCGAAUUGCAUGGUAAUGUCGGAAAAUAAGAUAGAGAAAGUAAUGGAUUUUCUAGUAAACAAAAUGGGGUGGUCGUCAAAAAAGAUUGCAAAGUGUCCUGUGGUUCUGUUUUACAACUUUGAGAAGAGAACACUACCGAGAUGUUCUGUAGUUCGAGUUUUGUUGGCAAAGGGAUUGAUGAGACUAGAAGAUAUUAGCUUUUGCGGCGUGUUGCAAAUUGUAGAGAUUAAGUUCUUGGAGAAGUAUGUGAUCAAGUACAAUGAGCAAGUGCCUCUGCUGUUGAGCGUGUACAAAGGGAAAGUAAAUGUUGAAGAUGCAUAAUGUCUUUACUGAAAAGAGUUUUCCCUUUUGUUUCUGUACAAGUCACAUACAUUAUGAAGAGUUUGGUAUGCUAGUUGUAAAGCAAUUUGAGUCAAUCUACAUAGAUGGUGGCACAAGGUAUCUUGAAACUUCUUUGGUGUACUUCAUACUUUUUAUGCAUUUAGUUGCUAUUUGAACUUUUGAAAUCUGAUCUUGUGCUAUUGCUUUAGUUUGGCUAAAAUAAAAUAUAGUUCACCAAUCUUAAAAUCUUGUGCAGA